UUUUCGUCCGCUCUUUUCCCCGCGUAGAAGUUGUGCUGCGCGACACGCAGCGCGCGCGAGCUAACCGGUUGCAGCUAGUCAACGCGAGCGCGCCGCGCGGCGCUUCCACGUCCCACGCGAGUUCUUCGACGCGCUUCAGUGAUCCGGAGCGGCUCGGACGCGGGGUUUUGGCUCCUCGGGGAGUCCGACCGGAGCUCCGCUUAGCCGCCGGUAGCAUUCGGCAUUCGCCAGGCUGCCAGAGGCCACACAUCUGCGCCCUCGCGACGCUCCCUUGUCUUCGUUCGAGCUCCCCUCGGACACAUCUGGAUUCGGCGGAGGGCGAUCACAGAUCCACGUAAGUCUCCCCGAGUCAUCUCCAUGGCGACGGCGGAGCCUCCGAGCAGCCUCCUUCCUCUGCUGGAGUCUCUGGAGGAUGUCACCACCGACCAGGCCGAGCAGACGGACGCCUACCUCACCAUCGCCAAUCGGCUCAGCGGAGAUGAAGGCCGACAGUUCCUUCCGGCCGUGGAGAGGCACUUUCCCCGUUUGGGUACAGCCAUCUUGGCUCACAUGAGCAGUCCGACCGCGGAGCUGAGCCAAGCGGCCCUGCAGGCUCUGGGGUUUUGCGUGUACCACGCUCGCGUUGUCUCCGGGGUCCCCGACACAUUUGCGGCAGAGAUCCUCUCGGCGCUUUGCUCCCUGGUGGUGAAGUCGGCGGAUAAGAACACCUGCACCAGGGCGUUGUGGGUCAUCUCCAAGCAGAGCUUCCCUGCAGAUGUGGUCGGCCAAAAGGCGGCGUCCAUACUGGGAACACUGGAGAGCGUGUGGAGCAGAGGGGACGUCCAGUCCGCGGUGAUGGAGCACGAGGCCUUAAACGUCGUCAUCAGAAUGCUGGAGCAAGUCCCGGUCCAGAUGGGCGAGGGAGCGCUGAGGUGGGCGAAGCUCGUCAUCCCGCUGGUGGUGCACUCCGCCUCCAAGGUGCGGCUGCGGGCGGCGGCGGCCCUGGAGACGGGCAUGCCCCUCCUCCUGGAGAAGCAGAUGGAGGUGGCCGGCAUCAUCGAGCCCAUGAUGUCCACGAAACUGAUCCCAGAGCUGCGAAAGCUGUUUCUGGCCAAGAAUGAAGCCAACGUGCUGAAGCUGUGGCCGUUAUUCGUCAAACUGCUCGGGAAGCUGCUGCACAGAGGAGGUCCUUUCAUCAACAGUCUGCUGCACCUGGAGGAGCUCGGCUUCCGCAGCUCCUCUCCCGCCAUCAAGAAGAUCGCCUUCAUCGCCUGGAAGAGCCUCAUCGACAACUUCGCCCUGGAUCCAGACAUCCUGUGCAGCACCAAACGCGUGAAGCUGCUGAUGCAGCCCCUCAUGUCCAUCAACGUGCGGACGGAGGUCCUGCUGCUCACCAAGGUGGAGGUCUGGUGGUACCUGGUGGUCCAACUCGGGCCCAACCUGGCCCCCAACUUUGAUCAGGUGUCGGUUCCACUGCUCCAGUGCACCAUCGGCUCCGACCCCCCUCUGGUCCCCGGCACCUCGUCCAGAGCCGCCGGUCAGAACGGCUCCGUCGCACCCGGCACGCCGAAGACCGGCUUCAACAGUUCAGCCAACACGUCUCGGAUGAGCCUCAACUCCAGCGUCCAGAUGGCCACCACCUUCCCCUCCAUCCAGCUGCUGGGCCUGGAGAUGUUGCUCCACUACUUCCUGGGACCGGAGGUCAUCGCCGCGGCAGCCAAGGAAAAGCUCAGCCUGAGCCUGGAACCCUUGAACCACCCGCUCUUCUCUGGUACCUCCUCCUUCACCAAGCACGCCGCCGGGCUCACCGCCAACAUCAGGGACGGGUUCACCAGCGUCGGCAGAGACGCUCCAGAAGCUCUUUUGGCCGUUUUGUGGAGCAGUCUUGUGCGGUUCGUCAACUUGGCGAUGGAAUCAGGCAGUAAGAAGGACCGCCACGGGGGCGACGUGCUGACGCUGAUGCUUCGGGCUCUGCAGAGCAUCGUCGUCUCAGACGCUCUGCCUGCAGACAAAGUGCUGAUCCUGUUUGAAGCCACAGUGAACGGGAUUCCGCAGCGAGUCCUCGGCUCCGCCUCCUACCAAGUGGGCAAGAUGGACGUGCUGAACGGGACGCCGGCUCUCUUUCUCAUCGUUCUCCUGUACGACAGCGGCUCGCUCUCCGCCUGCAUGGAGGACGAGAGGUUCUUCCAGUGCCUUCAGACCCUGGUGGGCUGCGGCCUGUCGGGCCCCACCUCCCCGCUGGCGUUUGGCGAGGCGGUGCUGGGCGCCAUCCGCCGCAGCGCCGCCUCCGUGCAGAAGAAGGAGCACCUGUGGAGGGCGUGGAGCGCCGUCGUCACCCCGCUCACCGACACCAUCACGCAGUCUAAUGAGGUGAACCAAGGCGACGCUCUGGAGCACAACUUCAGCGCCGUGAACUCCGCCCUGCUGUUCCCCAUCCAACACCUCCUACGCGGCACGCCGCUGCAGCAGGCGGCCCAGAAGUCGAUGCUGUCCUCGUGGGCCAAGCUGUACCGCGUGUUCGCCCGCUGCGCGGCGCUGGUGGUCACGGCCGAGGAGAACGUCUGCUGCGAGGAGCUGUGUGCCAAGAUGGCGGCCGCGGUGGACGGGGACGCUUUGGUGGUUCCUUCCACGCUGGAUGCCGUCACCAGUAUCCUGCACGUCAUGGUGGAGUGUGUGGACUUCUCGCCGUUCACGCCUCAGUUUCAGCAGAAGCUGAAGUCUCCUCACACUCCAGUGAACUGGACGAGGAAGCGGAAUAAGGUCCUGGGGAACCUGUCCACCUUCCGGUCCCUGCUCGUGCAGUGCCUGGAGGUCUACCUGGGGGGCCCCGGGGCGUCCUGCGAGGCCACGGGCCUGGCCCUGGUCUCCAUCGUGUCGGCCCUCUUCACCAACCUGGCUCUCGCCAACACCGUGAGGGAGGCGCUCGCCUCGCUCGUCCCGCCGCUCGCCGCCUUCUACCAGCAAGCCGCCGGCGAGCCGCCCAAGUUCUCCUCGCAGCUCCUGGGAAAGCUGGAGAAGCUUCUCUGCGACGUCCUCGGCUGCCUGCAGAGCCGCUCGGCCGUGGCGUACGACGACGAGCUGCUGGCGCUGCUCUCUCCGCUGCUCGGCGCGGCGUUCGCUCACAGGAACAAGGCGCUGCGCUGCUCGGCCGCGCACUUCUGGAACGCCACCUUCGCCAACGCCGUCUGCCUCGCUUACCCCGAGGAGCUCAGGCCCGUGUUGAGCCACGUGAGGCAGAAGACGCCGAUCAUCCUUCCCGGCUUCGAGGCGGUCGGCGUUCCCGACGACCUCAGCGGACCGUACUCGAGCGAGAGCUCCCAGCUGGAGACGAACCUCAGCGGCAUGCCGGUGUCGUCCGCGGCGGCGAGGGACUCGCUGCUGAAACGGGCCGAGCCGAAGGCCCGCGGCGCCGCGCCGGCCUCCAAGUCAGUUUCUACCAAGCUGGACUUUGGCUCCCCGAGGCCUCCUGCCAGAGGAGCUCUGGAGGAGGAGGCCUCCGUUGACUUUGUGUUCAUUCCUCCCGAGACGAAGGAGCGAGUUCUCACGGAGCACCAGAAGGAGGUGAAAAGGACUAAAAGGGUGGACAUCCCCGUCAUGUACAACAACCUGGACGCCUCUCUGGACACAACGGUUUUCACCCAGUUCACCCAGAGUCAGGAAGCGUCCCUAGACAAACUGGCAACUGAAGACGCCGACGAGGAAACCAAAGAGGCUCCUGGCGAGGUUCCUCAGGAGGACUCAAAGGAGACUCCAGAUUCCGCCGAUCCAGCGGCAGUAGAGAAGAUGCCAGCAGACCAGGAGCCGGUUAUCCCGGGGUCAGCGGAUGUUUUUGUGGAGGAGGACGCCAAGGGUGGCGAUGGCGCAGACCCGGACCUCCGGUCUCCAGGCGGCGCGAGUCCUAACAACCUCUCCGGUUCCUCCGAUUUGGUCUCGGGGACGCCCCAGAAACCCAACAGCCGCCGUCAGUCCUUCAUCACUCUGGAGAAGUAUGCGGAGGGGAAACCCGCCAGCCCCAGCAGCGCAUCCACCUUCACCGGCACCCUCGGAAAGACCCCCAACAGCCGAGAGCGCUCCAGAACCAGCAGGAGCUCGUCCUCGCGGGCUUCCCAGGCGUCCGCCGGUCCCAGCUCUCAGGGUUCCUCGUCUUCCCAGGCAGACGACACGACCCCUCGGUGUCCCGUGAGCAGUGGCCUCGAUUCCCCCGUGAGGCCCAAAGCCUCCAGGACCAAAGCGGAGCCGGUGAGGCUGACCGAGCGGCUGCCCAGUGACCCGACCGACGACGAGAACGUCAUCCCGGACACGCAGGCUCGAACGGAGGCUUCCUCAGAGGAGAUGAAGCCCUCAAGCCAGGAGGAGGAGGAAUCUGACGCCACCCUGGACGACUCGCUGUCCUCUCAAGGGGAGCCGAGGCGGUCGGGACGCUGCCGAGUGCGACCGCAGCUGCCAGGAGAGGACGCCGGCGACCGCGCAGAGAAACGCCAGCCUCUGAAGAGGAGACGCUCUGGAGAGGAACCUAAGGGUGAUCCCGCGGCGUCGAGCAGACGGAGCACGCGCAGCACGCAGGGCGCCGAGGAGGGCCGAGGCCGACGGAGAACAAGGUCUCAGACGGACAAGAGCGAGUCGUCCCAGACCAGCUCGCGGGGCAGAUCCUCCAAGAAGAUCAAGCUGUACAGCGUUUCCCAGGACCUUCUUCAUGGGCCGGACCCCAAAGAGAGGAGCUCCAGGGGGCUCCAGCCCAGCGCAGCCGACAGCCAGUCACAGCGGAGCAAAGCCACGAGGGAGGCCGCGCAAGACGGGGAAGCGAAGCAAAAGGGUUCGCCUGGCGAGGAAGAGUCCAGUCAGGCCGCCCAACGUCCGCCGGUGGAAGAGGACAAGCUAGAAGACCCUCAAACGAGUGACAAAUGCCAAGAGUCAGAGAUGGUGCAACACACUGAAAAAGACGGCGAUGAGGUGAAACGUUCUCAAACCGCCAUUUCCCUCGAGUCCCUGGACGUCCAGAUGGAGGAGCGGACGGACCCCGAGCAGACUCAGUGUGAGCUUUUAGAAAAGACCAGCCGGGAUGAGCGAAGUUCUCCAGCUGACGAGGAGCCCGGCGGUGGAGCAAACAAAGGCGAGCCGAAAGCGAGCGACGGCACGGACGCCGCCGAAGUGAUCACACCCUCGUCCGGCGGACCGGCCGUGCGUCGAUCCAGAAGAAGCAAGGUCUCCUCCGAGGAAGCGGGCUCUGGAGACGGAGGGGACAACGGGGGCUCGGGUCCGCCGGAGGCCGGCGUGGCGGGUCGCACGAGGAGGAGCAGAGUACAGGAGGAGCCCUCGAGGCCGCGGCGCAGCUCGACUCCGCGCGGCGCUCCGUCAUCGGCGGGUCCGGGCAGGUACCUGCGGACGUCCUCCCCAGCGUCCCCGGUCAGCAGUAAAGACUCCUCCGGGUCCGAAUCCUCGGAGGUCAAAGAAAAUCCCCCCGUGGCCAAAAAGAAGGGAAGGAAACCCCGAGCGUCUCUGCCCAGUCCGCUCGCUAUUGAAGCCAAAGAGGUCGCAGGUUCGGACCCCCGAAGCAAAGGGAGCGCUUCACAGGCGGCUCAAGACUGGCUGGACUCUGAGAGUCUGAGUCAGGCCGAGGAGUGUCAGGCCGAGGAGUGUCAGGCCGAGGAGUCGCAGGCCGAGGAGUGUCAGGCCGAGGAGAAAGGGAAGGAGGAGUCUCAGGCCGAGGAGAAAGGGAAGGAGGAGUCUCAGGCCGAGGAGAAAGGCGCCGAGGAGUCUCAGGCCGAGGAGAAAGGCGCCGAGGAGUCUCAGGCCGAGGAGAAAGGCGCCGAGGAGUCUCAGGCCGAGGAGAAAGGCGCCGAGGAGUCUCAGGCCGAGGAGAAAGGCUCCGAGGAGUCGCCCCAGACGGAGGACGAGGUUGAUGACACGAAGCGGAGCGAUUCGCCCGCCGUGUCGUCUCCCUCGGAGCAAAAGGUCUCCGUCGCCUCUCAACAGGACGGAGACGCGAGCAGCUCCCCGUCCGCUGGGGGGCUCGAGCCGGCCGGGAUGUCUUCUGAAGCGACCCGGGACCCCUCCCCUCCCAAGGGGACGAUGGAGGCGCUGCGGGUCUCCGAGGAGAAAGGUGAAGGAGCGUCGGCGUCUGGGGACGGCGUAACCGAAACGGGGACGACGACGACGACCUCUGAGCCGCUGGAGGAGACCUCGGGGGAGACGCUGGCCACGGCGCUGCUGGAGGGACGGCUCCCUGCGGACGAGGGGGACGGCUCCGGGAACCAGACGCCCGACGCGGCGGCCGGAGAACGCGACCCUGGGGGCUGGCUGGCGUCCACCAUGGAGGCGCUGGCGGUGGCGCCCCUGGAGCUCGCUCCCUGCUCCCCGCAGCGGCUCUUUCAGCUCCACGCCAGCGUUGCGGAAACCCGACCGGGCGGUUCGGGUUGGACACGCCGCGAGGCCCCCGUGGUCCCGCUGGAGGACGCGGCCGAGGACCGUCCCGUUGAGUUCUCGGAGGCCAUCCAGGAGAAGCGGUCCAGCGGCGAGGGGACGAGCUCGGGCUCCCCGGCGAAGCAGAAGGACCUGGAGGCUCUGAUGGCGGCAGACGUUGCAGGAAGCCCCAGCAGCGGCAGGACCCGAGGGACGUGGUCUCCUUCAGCCUCCCCAUCAACCAGUAUUCUUAAGAAGGCCCCAAAGAGACUGCAGGAGGAGGAGGAAGAGGAGGAGGAGGAGACUCCCUCCCCCCUCGUCAAAUCCAGACGCGUGUCCUUUGCUCAUCCAAUCCAACACCAGGAAUUGGCGGACGACAUCGACCGUCGCAGCCCGGCCUUCAGGACCAGCUCCCCCCGGGCGUCCCGGGGCAACGGCGUCCCGCAGCCGAAGUACGUGACCACGCCCACCAAAGGCCCGCUCGGCCCGAGUCCCAGAACGCUGCACAGCCCGGGACACAAGAGCUCCAAGAAGUGCCUGAUUUCCAAAAUGAUCCAAGAGCCGCGGCCCGUCUCCAGAGACAGCGUCUAUCCGUCGCUGGCCGGCUGCUCUGCGCCCGUGGAGGCCGUGCUGCCUCAGAUCUCCUCCAACAUGUGGUCCCGAGGCUUCGGGCAGCUCGUUCGAGCCCGAAACAUCAAAACGGUCGGCGACCUCAGCGCUCUGACUCCCAGCGAGAUCAAGACGCUGCCCAUCCGCUCCCCGAAGAUCUCCAACGUCAAGAAGGCUCUCAGAAGUUACGAGCAGCAGCGUAAAGGACGAGGUGCUGAGGAGUUGAAGAGCUUCGAUGAAAGGGAGACGACCUCGGAGCUGGUGGACACGACCUCUGACCUGGUGGAGCCCGGCGCUCCUCAAAACCAGGAUGCGACCUCCGAGGCGCUGGCAGAGGAGCUGCUGGAAGAACGGCUCCCUGCGGACGAGGGGCGGCGGGGCUCCGGGGAUCGGACGCCCGGCGCGGCGGCCGGAGACCGCGGCCCUGCGGGGUGGCUGGCGUCGACGAUGGGGGCCCUGGGGGCCCUGGAGCUCGCUCACUGCUCCCCUCAGCAGCUGGUUGAGCUCCACGGUCGGCUGGGCGGCGCCAUGGGGCAGGUGGCCGUGGAGCUGCAGAGGCGCCUCAGCCAGAAGGAGGCGGGACCACAGACCGGCUCCGCCUCCGAAGCAUCAGACACUCCAGUGUUAAAAGACCCAUAAGAAGACGAGGCGCCUGCACAGCCCGUCUGCGUUUUACUCAUUUGUGUUUUUAAAUUUUUCAAUAAAAGACUGCUUAAAUUUUU